ACAGAUUCCAAAAACCAUUCAAGAUAACAGAUUCCAAAAACCAACAAGAAAAAUCUUCCAAACCCAAAUCAGAAACAUUAGAUGACUAGAUCAUUAGCAAACUCGUCGCGGUUUCAGCUGAACGAGAGAUGGGAACUAUCGCCAAAAAAGGAAACCAUGGGAGACGAUGGAGACGUGUCGAGAGUCACGAGCUCGUUAAGACAGAAGAAGCAGAGGAGACACGGGUUCACGAGGAAGUGUGGGAGGUUGGUGAGAGAACAAAGAGCUCGCUUUUACAUCAUUGGCAGAUGCGUCGUUAUGCUUCUUUGCUGGACCGAUAAUAACAAUAAUCACUGUGACCACUUCUAAAUCAAAUGUUCUUUUAUCUUUUGCUUCUGUAUUGAUAUUCUUGAAUUAGAUACAGAUACAAAUGUACAUAUUAUAAGGUGAUCUACUUUCUGGUUCAUCUUUACGUACUCUUUUUAAUUAUAGAUUAAUAUGUAAUUUGCUUUUGUUCCUCAGUCUCAUUGUGUGUUAUUGAACAAUAGUAAUCUAAAAAUGUUAGUGUUAC